AUGUCCUCUGAAGAAUCACGAUCGAAAUCUAUUAACAAGAUGAGCGUUAUUGAGCUCAAGGAAUAUCUUGCAAAUCGUGGUGUAAGUGUGAGUGGAUACUUAAAACCUGCAUUAGUAGAGAUAGCAACUGCUGUAAAUAAAAUGAUGCUUCCUCUAAAUCCAAAUUUUGAAGAAAAGAAUAGUUUGGAGAAUGAAAAGUUUUAUAUUGAUGAUAUGGAGAUUAGAAAUCCGUUUACUUCGCAACACAAGCUUGUAAAUAACUUCUCUGAUUCUCCGCCAUUUGGGUUGUAUGAUAUCUUUAAUUACCUUAUUCACCAUUCAACCGAAUACGAUAAACAAUGUUUGGCAGCAUACAAGUCAUUAAUUAGAUGAAUAUCGCCUUUUCCAGGACGGAUAUGUUGAAUCUCUGCUAACUGAGACUUUGUCAAACGAAAGACUUCAUCUGUAUAUGGGUAAAGUUAAGCCAGCUAUGAAAGACAAGACGGACAAAGGGAAAUCGUACUACGACUGCUCGUUUAUACUUGAAGGUAAAGGGGCCAACUGAGGGAGUGUUGUCAAAGCUAGAUGUCAUUGUAAAGGGGGUCGCGAUGGUGGUUGCAAGCAUAUUGCUGCAGCCAUGUAUUCCCUAGAGGAUUUACUGAAUACCCAUGGCGAGGACAGCCCAACUAAUAUGCCAUGUAUAUGGACCAAGAAACCAACCGUUGACAGCAGACCUUGUGAUGUGAAAGAUCUACUAAUUGCCCAUUGUGAUUUACCUUAA